AAGUGAAAUAAUCUGUCUGUAAACAAUUGUUGGAAAAAUUACUUGUGUCAUGCACAAAGUAGAUGUUUGACAGGAUUUGCCAACUUGCCAAAACUAUAGUUUGUUAACAAGAAAUUUGUGGAGGGGUUGAAAAACGAGUUUUAAUUACUCCAACCUAAGUGUAUGUAAACUUCUGACUUCAACUGUAUCUGGUGUACUGUGUGAAUUUAAGUAUGCUCCCUCUAAUUCUCUCACUCUCCCUCUCUCCUUCCCCUCCUGGAGGGCCUGAGCCCUAGGACCAUGCCCCAGGACUACCUGGUCUGAUGACCCCUUGCUGUCCCCAGUCCACCUGGUCAUGCUGCUGCUCCCGUUUCAACUGUUCUGCCUGCAGCUAUGGAACCCUGACCUGUUCACCUGAUGUGCUACCUUGACCCAAACCUGCUGUUUUAAACUCUCUCUCUCUACCGCACCUGCUGAUUUGACCUCUGAAUUCCUGGCUAUGGAAAGCCAAGGAACAAUUACUCCUGAUGUAUUGACCUGUUGCACCCUCUACAACCACUGUGAUUAUUAUUUGACCUUGCUGGUCCUCUAUGAACGUUUGAACAUCUUGGAGAACAAUCUGGCCUUAAUGGCCAUGUACUGUUAUAUUCUGCACCCGGUACAGCCAGAAGAGGACUGGUCACCCCUCAGAGCCUGAAUUUACUGAUCCUGGGCAUCCUGCAGUCCUUCACCAUGGCACCUGUCUUUGUGCUGUCGAUUUUCAUCGCUGUUCUCUGCUCAGUUCAGGGCCGAUCUAUAGGGAAAGCUUCAUUUGAAAGGAGUGAAGAGGACAUGGAAUAUGACGGCACCAGCACCAACAGCAUUGAGGAGGAUGAAUAUUCUGCGUCAACGCUCAUUGAGAAGGCCAACAGAAAUCUUGGACAAAGACUUGAUGAGCCACUAGUCAUGUUUGGGGACAUUGCAGUAGAUACUGGGUUCAUGAACGCUGACCCCUGCACAGCUCGCGGAUGCAAGUGGCAGAAGUCCUCUGAUGGGAACGUUUACGUGCCCUUUGUGAUCUCUAAUGAAUACUCGGCCCGGGAGAGGGCCGUAAUUGAAGGCGGGCUGCAAACCUUUGCUGCAUCAACCUGCAUCCGAUUCUUUGCCCGAACCAAUCAGAGGGACUUUGUGGACAUCCAGUCUCAGUCAGGCUGUUUCUCGUUUAUUGGACGCCGGGGCAAUGGCCAGGUGGUGUCUCUGAGUAGGCAAGGAUGUGUCUUUCUGUCUGUGGUGCAGCAUGAACUGCUGCAUGCCUUGGGCUUCAACCAUGAGCAAACACGCAGUGACCGGGAUAGCAAUGUUCAAAUCCUGAUUCAGAACGUUAUUCCUGGAAUGGAAUUCAAUUUCAGAAAGAUCAACACGAUUAACUUGGGGACUCCUUAUGACUAUAAUUCUGUCAUGCACUACUCAAGGUUUGCCUUCUCCAGGAACAGGCAGCCUACCAUUCUUCCAAUCCCUGACAAUAAUGCAGUUAUUGGCAGGGCAACUCAGAUGAGCCCCGUUGAUAUUCUGCGGAUCAAUCGUCUCUACAACUGCACGGGGCAGCAGUUAGACUGAUUUGAGAAGUGCGACGGUAGAGCGUUUGCUGAGGAUUGGAACUGCAGUUAUAGCUUGCUUUUCAACUUUGAACAUGAACUCAAUAAACAAACUAUUUGUUAUGCUGAAAGAAUGAAUUGAGACGCAGAUAGCCAUUUUUUGAGAAAGUAUAGCUUUACGUUUGUAUAUCAGAUCUGGUAUAGCUUAUCAUAGAUAGAACAUUGGUAUGGCAAAACAAUGAAACAAUGUACUGUAGACUACUGAAACAUUAUCACAAUAAACAUAUGUAGUAAUGUGUA